GAGGACAUUAAAACCCUAGCAUCGUUCUCCUCUUUAAACCCUUGCAACUUUACUCCACUUCUUCUUCUUCUUCUCCUGCUGUAAUAGAGAUGAAGGUUCCGAGGAGGAGUGCCCGUCAGAAAAACUUGCAGAAAGAUGCAGAGAAAGAAGAAGCAAUUAACUUAUUGGAACAAAAGGAGAAUACGGAAGAGGUGGUAGAAAGAAGCAAAGAUGAAGAAACAGCAGUAGAAGAAGAAAAUUUUGUAGAAUCCCCUGUUGUUUCUGACGAUGAUGACGAGGAUUUUUCUGAAGAUGAUGGAUCACUUGGUGAAUCUGGAUCAGAAGAUAGUCAUCUAUCCGGGGAAGAGGAUGUUUUUGUAUCAAGUGAUGGUGAAGAUUCUUUUGAUACCAAAAGUGAUGAUGUUAGUGGUAAUGGUGCAAGUGGCAGUGGUAGAGAUGAUACUGAACAUGGUAAAGAUGAUGAUGCUGAAAGCGAUGAUUCCCGCACGGUAGUUGAAGAGAGCGAUUCGUCUGAAGAUGAGGUUGAUCCUCGUAAUACUGUUGGAGAUGUUCCGUUGAAAUGGUACAAAGAAGAGGAACAUAUUGGAUAUGAUCUUGCAGGGAAGAAGAUAAAAAAAAAAGAGAGACAAGAUAAAUUGGACUCAUUUCUUGCCAGUGUUGAUGAUUCCAAGAAUUGGCGUAAGAUUUAUGAUGAAUAUAAUGAUGAAGAAGUUGAACUCACGAAAGAAGAAGUUAAGGUCAUCAAAAGAUUGCUGAAAGGAAAGGCACCUCAUGCUGAUUUUGAUCCAUAUGCGCCUUAUGUUGACUGGUUUUCCUGGGAUGACUCGAAGCAUCCUCUUUCUAGUGCACCAGAACCAAAGAGACGUUUUAUCCCUUCAAAAUGGGAGAGUAAAAAGGUUGUCCAAUAUGUGCGGGCAAUUCGAAAGGGACUUAUAAAAUUUGACGAGAAGCCAAAGGAAGAGCCAAGUGCCUACCUCUUAUGGGGAGAUGAUUCCAGUGCAAUAGAUAGACAAGGGUUGGCAUAUAUUCCUGCUCCAAAACCAAAACUGCCUGGUCAUGAGGAGUCUUAUAACCCUUCUUUAGAAUAUAUUCCUACACAAGAAGAGAUCAAUUCUUAUCAGCUUAUGUUUGAGGAAGACCGACCAAAGUUUAUCCCGAAACGGUUCACAUCGUUGAGAAAUGUUCCAGCAUAUGAGAAAGCAGUCAAUGAAAAUUUUGGCCGCUGUUUGGAUCUUUAUUUAUGUCCAAGGGCUCGGAAAAAACGUAUUAAUAUUGAUCCCGAGUCUUUGAAGCCCAAGUUGCCAAGUCGCAAGGAUCUCAGACCUUAUCCAACCUCGUGUUAUCUCGAGUAUAAAGGUCAUAAAGGUCCCGUUGUGUCGAUUUCUACAGAAUCUACUGGGCAGUGGAUUGCUUCUGGUUCAAGUGAUGGAACGGUGCGCAUUUGGGAGGUUGAAACUGGAAGGUGUAUCAGGAUCUGGGAGCUUGGGGAAUCUGUAAGUCAUGUCUCCUGGAAUCCUUUGCCUGAACGUCCCAUAUUGGCAGUCUGCAUGGGAGAAGAUGUAUAUCUUUUGAAUACUGGACUUGGCAAUGCAGAAGAACAGAAGAGUCUUGAAGAGCUUUUGCGUGUUGAAACUCCAUCAACCCCUGAUGACUCUGAUAAUGAUAAAACCGCUGUGAAUUGGGUUCAAGAUGAUAAGCACGGGGGAAUCAGGUUGAAGCACUUUAAGACUGUUUCUUCAGUUGAGUGGCAUCGGAAGGGCGACUAUUUCUCAACGCUUAUGCCAUCUGCCCAAUCAAAAGCAGUUCUGAUUCACUUGCUCUCAAAGAAACAGACUCAGAGAAUACCAUUCAAGCUUCAUGGACUUCCAGUUUCAACAGCUUUCCAUCCCUCUCGCUCUGCCUUCUUUAUUUCAACAAAGAAAAAUAUUCGUGUUUAUGAUCUCUUGAAGCAAAAGCUCAUUAAGAAGCUAGAGACAGGGGUUCGCGAAGUCUCGUCUAUUGCUAUUCAUCCUGGUGGUGACAAUCUUAUUGUAGGGAGCAAAGAUGGGAAACUGUGCUGGUUUGACAUGGACCUUUCAUCUCAACCUUACAGAGUUCUCAAUUGCCAUCCGAAGGACAUCAACAGAGUGGCCUUUCAUCGCUCCUAUCCUUUGUUUGCUUCAUCUUCUGACGAUUGUACGGCAUACGUUUUCCAUGGCAUGGUUUAUUCAGAUCUAAACCAGAAUCCAUUGAUUGUACCUCUGGAGAUUCUUCGUGGUCAUGCCAGUGAAAAUGGAAGAGGUGUCAUGGACUGCAAGUUCCAUCCUAGGCAACCAUGGUUGUUUACUGCAGGAGCAGACUCUGUGAUCAAGCUCUACUGUCACUAAGAAGAUUACUCCAAAGUGCAUCUAUGCUACUGAUUGUCGUGUGCAUUUGUUUAUCUGAAAGAGGAAGACAGUACAUUGCACUGUAUACAUUGCUGUGGGGAAAUUUUGGAAGUUGCCUGCUUGGACAAAGGGAGGAUCACCUGUUCUUUCUCAGACAGGCAAACAAUGAAUUCCACAUAUAGAUAGAGAAGUUGGCACUGUUCUUUUGUAUGAUCAAGACGAUCACCUCUCGUGUAUGGGAGUGUUCGAUGCAAUUCACCCAAAGCGGUUUUUUUUUUUAUGAGAGAACUCUGCCCAAGUUAUUCUCAUGUCAGCAUUUUCCGUAGAGCUAGGGGCAUAUGGGCGAAGUACUUAACUCACUGGAGCUCUCCAUUAUUUUUACCAUAAACUGAGUUAUCAUAUUUUUGUAAUAUUGUUAUAUUUAUGCAUGUAAGAAAUGGUAAGGAUCUUUGGC